CUGUACGUUUCCCGUUUACUACUUUCCUCUUACUUGAAUUUGCUUGGCAGCAACGACCUCUCCAUCUCCUCGUCACUGCUCUUGGUACCUGCUGCCAUCUCCAUUGUUGUAGAAGACAGUCGACUUUACUAGAACCAUGGGUAUCACACGUGAAGGGCGGCACAAGCGCCGCGAGACGGGAGGCCGUCGUGCCAAGUUCCGCAAAAAGCGCAAGUUCGAAUUGGGACGUCCCGCAGCCAUGACGAAAAUUGGUGAGAAGCGCAUUCACCCUGUGCGUUGCCGUGGAGGAAACAUGAAAUUUCGUGCCUUGCGUCUUGACUCGGGUAACUUCUCUUGGGGAACCGAAGUCUGCACUCGAAAGGUCCGUGUUUUGGAUGUCACCUACAAUGCUUCCAAUAACGAGUUGGUCCGUACCAAGACACUCGUCAAGGGUGCCAUUGUCAUGAUUGAUGCCCACCCUUUCAAGUCAUGGUAUGAGGCCCACUACGGUGUCAAGAUGGGACUCAAGAAAACAUCCGGAGAGGAGCGACAACAGAUAUCCAUCGACUUGACUGAAAAGUCAGAAAAGGUACAGAAGAAGCUCAAGACUCGCCAAAAGGACCGUACCGUAGAAGCAGCACUCGAUCAGCAAUUUGCAUCUGGUCGUAUUCUCGCCAAGAUCACUUCCAGACCAGGACAAACUGGACGCUGUGAUGGAUACAUUUUGGAAGGAAAGGAGUUGACAUUCUACCAGAAGCAGAUGACUAAGAAAUAAGCAGUUUCAAACAAGUAUAAGUAAUAGCACCUUCCUAGUAGC